UUACUCUGUUCUAUGUACAUUCGAAAUGGAACAUUCAGCUACUGAAUCUACUGAACUCGUAUAGUGUAUAGAGUGGCUGGAAUUUCAGACGACACGACGUAGAGCAUGGCUUAAAUGUUUGAACAGCCGGCCUUGAAAGACAAGUCCACCGUGUUGUAGGUCUAUAUAGCUAAAAUAUGUCACCUUAUACGCAUGUACGGUAAUGGCGUAACAGAAAGGCCUGCCUGCCUGUCUGUUGUUUCCUGCCAGGCUGACGUCAUGGGGAUACGGGGGAACCGUUACGUGACAUUGGCUGUCCUGGUCCUAGUCCACACCGUGACGUAUAUGGACAGAUAUACGCUGGCUGGCGUUUUGACAUUGACCCAGGAAUAUUUCGGGAUUGACAACACGCUUAUUGGCCUUGUACAGACGGUGUUUGUCCUCAGCCUGACGGUGUUAUCUCCCUUGUUUGGUUACCUUGGGGACCGUUAUGACAGACGCUGUAUCAUGGCAGUCGGUGUGUCGCUGGCCGCAGGGGUCACGUUAGCCGGAUCCUUUGUUGACAAACAGGACUUCUGGUUGUUCAUGACCAGUCGCACUCUGGUGGGGAUAGGGGAGGCGUCAUUCUCCACCGUGGCCCCUACCAUUAUCACAGACUUGUAUGUAGAUGGGCAGAGAUCAUUAGCCUUGGCUAUAUUCUACCUCUGUAUCCCAGUCGGCAGCGGCCUGGGUUAUAUAGUGGGCUCUAAGGUAGCUCAUCUGGCCGGAGAUCAAUGGCAGUGGGCAUUCAGAGUGACUCCGGGCCUCGGCAUGGUAAGUGUUUUUCUCUUCUUCCUACUCCUGGGUAAACCAAACCGAGGCCAGGCGGAGGGAUACACAGGGGAAGCAACCGGUUGGUUCCAAGACCUCAAAGAAAUCUGCAAAGUCUGGAGCUGCAUGUGGACACUGAUCGCCUCCUCCCUGGUGACCUUCAGCGCAGGCGCAGUAGCUUUCUGGUUCCCCACCAUGCUAUACGCCGCCCUUCAGGCCCGUGGAGUGAACGCCGACAUUACACGCAUAAGCCUUAUCUUUGGGAUUUUUACGUGUGUGGCUGGUAUAGUGGGGGUAAUAGCUGGGGCGGAGAUAGCCCGUCGAUACCGUCCAGUCAACCCACGCUCUGACGCUCUUGUGACCGGGGGAUUCAUGAUCCUCAGCGCACCCCUCCUCUAUGUGGCUGUGUAUCUGGCAGGUACACACACAGUCUCAAUGUGGGCUGUUUUCUUUGUCUCCGAGAUACUGAUGUGUACCAACUUUUCACUACAAACAGAUAUGAUUCUAUCCGUGGUGAGUCCGACCCGCAGAUCCACAGCUGACGCCCUGAUGAUCAUCUUUAGCCACCUGUUUGGGGACGCCAGCAGCCCGUACGUCGUCGGAGCGAUAUCUGACGGUGUUACAAAUGCUUUAAAUACGGGCGUGGGUCCCCAGUCGUCUGUCGCUAUCAGGGCAGUGUCUCUACAAUACGCCAUAUACUGCCUGUGUUUUGUGUCCGUACUGGCGGGCGGGGCAUUCCUCAUAGCUGGGAUAACCCUCGAGGAUGACAGGGCGAGGGUACAGGCGUUUUGUCAAGGUUACUCAGAAAUCAAAGUGAACGAAUCAGAGCCUGACGACCCGACGCUGAAUGGAGUUGUCUCCCCUGUUUCCAACAGCGCAGUAUCGUCCCCUAGAUGACACCAGAAUGGGUACUAACCAACCAGAUAUUAAUUCAUCGUUAUUAUGUAAAAUGUGCUUCAUUCCUUUAGCACAGUUAAUAAAGUACAUCUUAAAAACAAA